CUUUACUAGGAAACCUGGAAGCGCGAAUUAUACCCUAUUUGCAAUACCGAACAUCAAUACCUCGUGUCUAUAGUUACCGAUAGCUGGGAUAAUUACUGUCGUCUAUCAUACCGUUUUACUCAGAAACAAACCCAUAACACAAUUCAACUCACUCCUCUCAACCAACAUAACCAACAUGUUGGCAGCCGUUCAAAGAAACCCUGUCGGUCCCCGCAAGCUCAGAAAGGAUUCGGGAGUGUCUGAAACAGCCGCAGGGCUCGCGGGGAAGGCGAGCCAUACCGCAGGAAACAUUGCCGGAAUCGACCUGUCUUCCCUGAAAGGUUUCGAGAUCGGUGGAGGUGGCCAGGUUCUUGGGAAAGACGGCAACCCCCUAGGUUGGGUUGUAGAGGGUGAGCCCGAGUCACUCGUCGGACGGACUAUCGGGGACAAUGGGGAGAUCCAGGGCGAUAACGGCGAUAUUACCGGUCGUGUGGAACUUCUUCCAGAAGUAGCCCAGGAGACGGUCGACCAGACAAAGGGAGCUGCCACUAGUCUUGCCGACCUGGAUGGUCUUCCUGUGUCUGACGGAGGCGUGAUCAAGGAUAAGGCCGGUCAGGAUAUUGGACGAGUAGUUGAAGGGGAUGCUCAGGAGCUCCUUGGCUAUGCUCCUAACAGCAAAGGGGAAAUCCUCGAUGGUGAUGGUGACCUUGUCGGCCGUGUUGAGCUCAUCCCGAAAGCAUUGAAAAAUAUUGCAGACGACACAGAAGGCUUCGGAAAGCCGGCAUCGUCUGAUGUCCUCGAUGCUGAUAAGGGUGUGGCUCAAGAAGUGAAACCUACUGCUGACGCUGCUGCUCCUGAUCUGAAUGAUAUCAAGGAGACCCUUGAAGGUAAACGCGAAGACACCAAGGAUCUCGUUGCAGGAAAACUGGAAGAUACUCAAGAGAAGCUGGAGAACUUGCCGCCGCUUUCCACACUUGAAGGUUUUAAAUGCAACAAAACAGGCAAAAUAAUCGGCCCCACUGGAAAACCAAUCGGCGAGUUAGUCGAAGGAGAUCCUAAAAAGCUUGCUAGACUGGGCGUCACUCUCGGCGGCGCGGGCCAAUUCUGGGAUAGCCACGGCAAGAUUAUCGGCAAGGCCCAGACGAUCCCUCCCGAGGAAUUCGGGGAGGAUCCGCUUUUCGCUGGUUUAGAUGGACUGCAUGUUGUCGAGAACGGAUGGGUCGAGGAUAACAGAGGGAAGCGGGUGGGAAGGAUUGUCAAGGGUCAGCCCAAGAAGGUCCUCGGCCGCCCCGUCGACGAAGACGGGGAUGUGACUGAUCAAUAUGGAAAUGCCAUUGCUAGGGUCGAAUAUUGGGAGGAGCCAGAAGAGCUCAUUCCCGAGGUUAUUGAUCUUUCUAAAUUGGACGGCCUAACCUGUAACAAACUGGGAUACGUUAUUGGGCCACAGGGAGUCCCAAUCGCACGUGUUGUCGAAGGAAACACAAAGGAAUUGGCUGGCAAGAAGAUUGACGAUGGCCAGAUCUGGGAUGGCCGUAAGGCCGUGGGACGUGUCGAGCUCAUUCCUGAUAAUGAGCUUGAGAAUAAGCCCGAGGGUCCAUUUUCCGGAUUGGACAAUCCUGUAGUGAACAACAAUGGAUUCGUCGAAGAUGCUGAGGGAAAUGUCGUUGGCCGAGUCACCGAAGGCAAUAUCAAGACUCUCCGUGGACGCACAGUGGCCGAGGACGGGGAUGUCCUUGGUAAGUUUGGGAGUGUGAAGGGACACGCUGAGCCGUACGAACCUCCUCCCGAGGUGGAAGAGGAUCUGUCGAUCUUAGAGGGCAAGGUCGUGAACAAGGCUGGCAACGUUGUGGAUGCGCAGGGGAACGUUUACGGAAGGAUCACAUCGGGUGACAAACGGCUCGCUGGAAGAAAGGUCGACGGACUUGGCCAGAUCUGGGGAGAUAAUGGCAAAGUCAUCGGCAAAGCAGAGCUCAUCCCAGGGGCCGAAGAACAAAAGCCCGAGGGAGCUUUCUUCGGAUUUGACAAUGCAGAAGUUGGGAAAGAUGGAGUAAUCACUGCCGCUGGCCGCAUCAUCGGCCGUGUCAUGGAAGGGGAUCCGCAACGUCUUCUAGGCCGCAAGGUUGAUGAAGAUGGAGAUAUCUUGGACAAGAAUGGGAAUACCAUUGGACGAGCUGAGCGCUGGGAGCCCGAAGAGAAGAAGCGCAGCGUCAAUCCCAUGUCGGGACGCAAAGUUACUCGCGAAGGUGAAGUGCGAGACACAGACGGCAAUUUAAUCGGCAAGUUGACCUUUGGCAAUCUGGGAACUCUGGUGGGAAAGGAAAUUGAUGACAAUGGCUACGUUGUGGACAACGAUGGGAACAAGUUGGGCGAAUGUACUCUGCUAGAAACUCUGCCGGAAGAGGAACCAGAACCGGGUCCAUCGCCAGAAGAGCUGGAGGCUCAGAAGAAGGAGGAACAAGACAGGCAGCUGGCAAAGAAGCUAAGCAGCAUUGUCGCCCAGACUCUAGAACGUAUUCAUCCUGUCUGCAAAAUGAUUACAGAUCAUAUCGAAAGGGCCGAACGCACGCCAAAAGAGGAACUGGAUGAGGAGAAACUGGUUCAGGAUGUCAAGCCUCUGCUCGAAGAAGGAGGCCAGAUCCUACAGGAAUGCAACGGUGCGAUCCGAGCACUCGAUCCAGACGGUCAUAUUGCAGCCAUGGCCAAGGCUCGCGCAGCCUCUCAUGAAGCGUCCCCAGAAGAAUAUGAGUUGGCUGAUCAGCUCAAAGAGCUGACCGACACCGUCCUCACCACAAUGGACAAAGGCCGUAGGAUGAUCGCUGAUAUGCCCCAUGCGAAGGAGAAGCUCAACCCCCUUUGGACACUUCUCAGUGAACCUCUCUUCCAAAUCAUCGCGGCCGUGGGUCUGCUUCUGAACGGCGUUCUCGGCCUGGUUGGCCGUCUGCUUGACGGUCUUGGACUGGGGUCUCUCCUGAACGGCCUGCUUCGUGGAUUGGGUCUUGAUAAUUUGCUCUCAAACCUGGGCUUGACUUCCUUGACGGAUGCUCUGGGAAUCACUGGAAAGAAGAAAUAAGGAUGAGGUCUCAAGGGGAGACUGCGGAUAUCUCCAGGACAUGCUGGUACCAGUUGCUCCGACUGACGCGGACAUUCAUUCUCGAUCUGUAUUCUUCCAUCCAGAUUGUUUGAAAUGAUUAACUCGUCUCAGAAAGGAAGGGAGGACAGAAUAAGAAUGACACUCAGAUUGUCUGUUGUAGCUUUGUUUCGUGCAGCAAUUCAAGUUGCUUGUCCACUGGGCUAGCAAAGAUACAUCAAGCGUAUCUGUAUCAUGGAUUAUGCUUGGAUGUCUCCAAUUUCUUACUUCAUUGUCCUGGCUCUGAAGUCUAGCAUGGAUUCGGGAUUCAACGUACAAAUAUUCAAGUAAGA